GCGCGUCCCUCUCCGGACCGCGUUUUUCGACGACGCGCGCGCGCGGGAAACGAAAGUAAGCCCACGCGGACGCGGACGACGAGCGGUCGCGGUCGUCGUCGUCUCGCCGCGCGCCGCCGCCGACCGCGCGUCCGACGCGCCGCCGCCGCCGCCUUCGCCCAUUCCGCCGCGCUCGAGCCCGCUGCGGAGUCCGCUCCCGGUGAUCGAGGUCAGCGCGGGCGGCGGCGAGACUCGACGGUGGGGACGCGCGCUGGACGGCACCGACGGCUUUAUCGAUCUGCCGCCGCACGCGUCGUCGUCGUCCAACGCGGACGCCGUCGACGACGACGCCGACGACGGCGGCGGCGGCGGCGGCGGCUUCAAGUGGGACCCGCGCGAGUCCCCGCGUCUGCGCGCGAUGUUCCUCCCCGCGGGGUACCCGGACACGGUCUCGAGCGACUACGCGCGAUGGCUCCGGUGGCAUCUCUUCAGCAACUUUUUCAGAAACGUUCUCGAGGUGCUCACGUCGCAGUCUCUCCUCGUCGCGCUCGGGAUGGGCUCCACCCCCGGCGCGCUCCCGCUUGCCGCCGCGACGAAGUGGGUCCUGAAAGACGGCGUCGGCUCUUUCGCGACGUUGCUGUCCGGCGUCGUCGGCGCGCAGCGAUACGACGAAGACCCGAAGCGGUGCGCGACGUUCGUGCGAGCGGGCGCGCUGACCGGGCGCACGUCGCUCGUCAACGGGACGUUCAUGCAGCACUUCGGGAGGAAUCAAAACGCGGGGGACAUACGCGCGAAGCUCGAGGUGCAGGGAAAGUGGCUCGCUUUGUGCGCGUUGCCGACUGGGAUUUUCAUCUUCCGCGGCGUCAGCGGCGCGUUCGAGCCGUUGCCACCGGAAACGCUCGAAACGAUGACGUUACUCGAUCACCUCACGCGGAGCCUCCCCGUGAUCAGCGCGUACGGCGCGGUCGUCGGCGGGCACUCGUUCUUAUCCUGGAAAGCCGCGAGCGUGUUGCGCGUCGACGUGUUGAAUCGGUUUCGCUUGUUGAAAGCCGCGAGGGAGUUCGUGGACGGCGGCGAGGAGCGCGUGUCGCGCGCGGCGACGGCGGCGGCGGCGGCGUUCGCGGAGGCGCGCGUCGACGCGUUCGCGCGCGCGUUGGAAGAGAAGAAGUGGCGGACGGAUUUCGUGCAGAUGGGGACGGCGCCGCGGUACCGUCUGAGAGGACGCGUCGCGGUGGACGCCGACGCGGAUGACGUCGCGGCGGUGAACGAGAUCGAGCUGCUCGUCGAGUGA